CCGGAUUCGUCACCUUCACCAAACGAGCCAUCUUGAUACUUCACCUUUCUUCCUGGCUGAUCUCAUCUCUCCGGUCACCUCCUACCGUUUCAUAUCUGAUACCUCCUCUCUGCUCCUCGAUCUCAACGUGCCAGGUCAACAUGGCCGAGUCCCUCGCUUCCAACGAUGUGUGGGCCAGCUCCGUCCGCACCACCUGGGAGAAACCCGUCACCGAGCAAAAGCUCCCACAGGUUGCUGUGACUCCACCUAGCUCGUCGCCAAAAUUGACCCAGAGCACGCCGAAGGCCUCCAGCUAUGCCCGAGCCGCUCGCCCUCGCAAGGAUCAACCCCCUCCUGCGACCGGCCCCAAGCACCCAGUCACUCCCAAGCCAGUGACUCCUAUCCCAGUGAUCCCCAAGCUCCCCGGGGACGCCAAGGCCGCAGCCAAGUUCUGCACGGCGGCAUCUCAAAGCUCAAGUUGAAGACUUGAAGCGCCACAUCGCUAAGAGGGAUGCCCAAAUCGCGUGGCUCAAGGUCCAACUGCAGGCACAGGUUGCCAGACAGUUCUUUGGUUAAGAUGGAUACCAUGGUGCUUUCAAUGUCUUUAGAUCUUAGCAUUCUUUGCUAGGGGGAAUUGGAG